UCGAGAUGACUGGACGAGGGAAAACCGGUGGUAAGGCUAAGAGCAAACCCAAGUCUCGCUCGUCCCGGGCCGGACUGCAGUUCCCGGUGGGCCGAGUUCAUAGACUCCUGAGGAAGGGUAAUUAUGCUGAGCGGGUGGGUGCCGGAGCCCCGGUCUAUCUGGCUGCUGUGCUCGAGUAUCUGACGGCUGAAAUUCUCGAGUUGGCCGGCAACGCGGCCCGAGACAACAAGAAGACGCGCAUCAUCCCCAGACACCUGCAGCUGGCCGUCCGCAACGACGAGGAGCUCAACAAGCUGCUGGGAGGAGUGACCAUCGCUCAGGGCGGGGUGCUGCCCAAUAUCCAGGCCGUGCUGUUGCCCAAAAAAAGUGGCGGACCCGCCAACCCCAAGGGGAAAUAGAUCUGCGAAACAUUUGUCUGGCAACACAAAGGCUCUUUUCAGAGCCACUCACGGUGUCUGUGGAAGGGCUGAGCUGGGGAGUUCGUCCAGAGUAGCUGGAGCAGACAAGUCUCUCCAGCCACAUUUUGACUCUUACCUGAAAUAAACCAACUUCUCUCUGUGCCCGGACUCCCUCCCAGUUCUGAGUUCCUUUAUCCUCCCGUAUUUUACCAGAACUGAGGAUAUUCUCUCGCGUUCGCCCCUGUGCUUCCCAGAGCGGUGAAUCCAACGAGCGGACCGACUGUCUAAUGAACAGAUGACAUACUCCAGACUAACCUCAGACCCCAGAAUAUGAAAAACCCGCCAAGAUUAUAAUUUUAUCCAUUAGUUCUAACAACUGCAGACUUGUAAACAGGAUUUCACAUUCCUAAGGUUCCCCCUUCAUUUAUAAUAAAGAC